UAUGCAAUAAAUACCUAAAUUUCUAUUGUGCAUAGGAAAUAAAGGAAACAAAUUUUAUUAAAAGAAACUUUAGUUAAUAAGUUCAUGCUGCCCUUGAUUAGACAAUUUUAAGAUUUUUAUAUGAUCGAAUCAAAUAGUUGAAUAAAGGACAUAUAUUUGCCAUGGAGAGUGGUCAAAACUCUCAACAAGAUAGCAUCGAGGCAUCUCUUUUUCAAUGUUUAAAUAAAGUCGACGAUAAACCAACCAAUGUAGGUGCAACUACAACACUUACAACGUUGGAAUUUCGAGAUAGAAUAAAAAAUCUAAACACAAAGUCAUCAAAUUCAUCAGCUGUAAAUCUUUUGGCGACAAAUACAUUACUCUUACCUAGUGAAAUAAUACAUGCAAAGUUACAAGAUACAGUUUUAAUUCAAGCGCCUUCGACAAGCUCUUCUGCUUCUUCUACGGAAAUUCCACGGAAUAAAAUAGCCCUAGCUCGUGGUCACAGCCUAAUGGAUUGGAUGCGAUUAGGGGCAUCUGGCCAAGAUCUUUCAGGAGUGGGUAGUCAGUUUCUUGUAGUUACACCCUCUGAAUUGGCUAAACAUAAUAAACAGAAUGAUGCAUGGAUUGCAAUACGAGGUAUAGUUUUUAAUAUAUCAUUGUAUAUGGAUUUUCAUCCUGGUGGUAUAUCUGAAUUAAUGAAAGGUGCAGGGAAAGAUUCCACUAAGUUAUUUGAAGAAAUACACGCUUGGGUAAAUUAUCAGAGUAUACUCCAAAAGUGCAUUAUUGGUAGACUACAGAAUUCCAUAAAUACAGAAUAUAAUUUUGAAAAAAAUAUAAAUAAUUCUGUAAAUCAAGAAAAUAUUGAAUGCAUAGAUGAUUUGCCCAUUAUUAAAAUGUAUUAUACCCAGACUGCGAGUAGUAUAUCUCUUUUUUAUACAAUACCAUCUAAUAAUCCACUAGAUGAAGUUCAUAUUAAAAAAUUAGAGAACUCAGAAUUGGCAUUACACAUUUAUUAUGCAAAAACUCAAAAUAUAUCGUACAAUGUGAAACUUGCCAAGGAUGUAGAGUGGCCACCUACAUUUCAAGAACGUAGUGAAAUUUCAGAGGAAAUUGUAUUUAAGAAGAAAGAUAAAGGUAUUUGGAAAAUGCAAGACAUAUCUAUAAUAUCUAAUGAAAAGAGGAACUUGUCAACGCGAAUGUAUAAUAAAUAUGAAGUGCUAGAAAAUACAUUACUUUGCAAAAUAAUUCAUCUUUUAAUUUUACGUGCCCAGAAUUAUAUUCAAGUAAUUCCACCUGGCAGGCAUGUCGAAGUUAAACUGAAUAUUAUGGGUACUGAAGUUUCACGUUUAUAUACACCAGUACCACGCUACCUACACUCUGACGUACGUCUUGCUUCCAAUAAUUGUGACGAUUAUAUUUGUCUUAUAGUAAAGCAUUACAAGAGUGGAAAAAUGACACCAAAUCUCACGUCAUUACAGCCUGGGCAAGUUCUUGAACUCAGUAAUACGCUCGGUAAUUUUUAUCUGGAAGCAUAUGAUCAGUAUACAACAAUACAUUUGCUUGCCGCUGGCACAGGAUUAACAACUAUGUUAUCUAUUAUUAAGCGAACUCUAUCCAAACGUAAUACACCAUAUAUGAAUUUAAUUAUUUUCAAUACCAAUGAAGGAAAUAUUUUUUACGCUGAGCAACUAGAUCAUAUUUCUGAGAAAUACAAAUUAAGAGUAACGCACGUAUUAUCAGCAGCAAGCAGUACAUGGAAAGGAAGAAGUGGUAUUAUAUCUAAUGAAUUAUUGAAUGACUUAAUAGGCAAGCAUUCAAACAAAGCCUGCGUGUUUACUUGUGGUCCAAUAGGUUUCAUGAAAAUUACAAAAGAAUUGUUAAGGAACCUCGGUUGGCAGUCAUCUCAAGUUCACGAAUUCAAUGGCUAAGUAAUAUUUUGCAAAAAUAUGGGACUAGUAAUAAAGAUAAAAACAUUUUUAUAUUAUA